GUUUUUUUUUUUUGUUAUGCACGCUCCUACUUCCUAUCAAAUCCAAUUCAAGGAAAUGUAAUUUCCACUAAUUUAAUUAAUAAAUUUAACCCCUAGAAAAUCAAAAUUAGCAGUUAUGUUGAAAAAUUUAACAAAUAUACACAUCGAAUCAGCGAUGAUUAAAACUUUCAAAAGCAGACAACUCACGCUGGUCCGAAAAUACACCACAAAAGCAAAACGCUCCGUUUUACUUCAAGACAAAUCCAAAAUAAAGAUUUAUGAACCAAAGAUCUCAGCAGAGAACAAAUUGCGCAUCUAUGUGUGGGGCUUUCAAGAAACUGGUGCUCUAGGGUUGCAGACUUCCGUGAAGAAGGCACAAGAACGUUACACACAAGUUGUCCACCACCCGACGAGGCUACAAUUUGCUGAAAACACCACCAUCACAGACAUCGUUGCUGGCUAUGGGUUUUCUGCGUUCGCUGUGAAACGUACCGAUGGCGAGACACUCUUCGGAACUGGUCUCAAUACCGACAGCCAAUUGGGGCUGCAGAAAAAGGGCUACGGAGCAGCGACGAAGAACCUAGAUUUGCUCAUCUAUCCAUCGGCGAUACGUCUGCCGAGACUGGCUGAUGAAACAGACGAGGAUAUGACCGUGCAGUGCAUGUCCGCUGGACGGGCGCAUCUCGUGGUUUUGACUAAAAAUGGGACUAUUUUUUGUUUGGGAAAUAAUGCGUAUGGCCAAUGCGGUCGGCAUAUUGUCGAUGACGAGGUUUACAAAGGAAGCAACACUAUCCAUCGAAUAGAAAAGUCCAGCUUCACCGAAGAGGAAGAUGAGGUGGUCUCUGUGCAAUGCGGUCAGGACCACACACUCUUCCUAACCAAAGCUGGAAAGGUCUACUCGUGUGGGUGGGGUGCCGAUGGACAGACAGGAAGGGGCAACUACAUCACCUCCGGACAAAUCGAGCAAGUCAAAGGUGAUAUCGCUGAAGAGAAAAUCGUCAAACUUGCCUGCUCCUCCGAUUGUGUUCUUGCUCUCAACGAUAAGGGAGAAGUCUUCGGAUGGGGAAACUCAGAGUAUGGCCAGCUAGAUGACUCGGAAGAUGCUCCCACCCAAGUUAAUUCCCCGAAAGCGUUGACUCUUACAAAAGGAAUCGGAGCGAUUAAAGACAUAGCUUCAGGUGGAUCAUUUUGCAUGGUUCUCAACGAAGAGGGACUUGUCUUCACUUGGGGUUAUGGUAUUCUAGGAUUUGGACCAUAUGUCGAGCAGACAAGUAAACCCCAGCAACUGUUACCACCUCUAUUUGGAAAGAACGAUUUCAGCGAUAGCACUCAUGUGGUGUCCAUUAAUUGUGGUGUCUUCCAUAUGGGUGCCAUCAACUCUGAAGGUGAUCUCUUUGUUUGGGGUAAAAAUCGAUUUGGGUGUCUAGGAUUGGGUCACAGCAAAGACCAAUUCUUCCCUUUUAAGACAGCAAUCAAUGGAAAAGUGCAAAAAGUAGCUUUUGGUGUGGAUCAUACUCUGGCUCUGUGUCGUCCCUUUAUGUGAAUGUGUUAACAGAGAAGAGAGCUAAAUAAAAUUGUCUCUAUUGAGAUUAAACAACAAA